GGCCAUCUCCAUCAUCGCGACUUUGUCAUCCCAAGUCGCUCAUCUGCCUCUCGAAUCCGCCUAGCCGUCCAGCCAUCCCCCCCAUCGCCUGGAGAGGACGCGCCUUUUCGUUGGCCGUUGGUCCAUUGGCAAGCAGGACACCAGUUCGAAUCAGUCCCCUCAACUGCGUGGCUUUCGACAGCAGCAACAGUAAUCUAUCUCAUACACUCACCACUUCUACGGCCUGGCGCGCGAUCUCGAAAGACUUGCCCCAACCAUUUCUGUCGGCAGACCCGUCUCGAAAUACACUUCCUUCCGACAUCACCCACUACGAUCCUUUCCACGGUAGUCUGGUCGUAACCGCUCUCCGGUGCAGAGACCCUAUGAUAUGACGCCUGAGGCCACGGGGCCGUCAGAGGGCCGUCACGGCCAGGCCGCUCGACUCGAGAUGGAGACCAUGGCAGCUUUGUGGGAAGAGGUGCCAUUUCCGCGGCUGCCUCCUGAUGCUCCACGGGAGCUCCGGGAGCUGCUUGUCAAUAUUGAGAAUCCCAGAAAGGUCUACACAAUACAUCGGGCCAGUCGGCGGCACCAUCUGCAUGUGCUGGUAGAGAAAUUCAUCUUACAACUACGCUACGGAUGCGGAUACGCCGCUUGUCCCACUUCCUCGUGCUUUAGCUGUCGUCGACGACUUUCGGGGAAAGCACCCAUACGCCGCUAUAGCCCAGCAAGUGCCAGGACAUUAGCCGUCUAUCUCGCAAGCCAGGACAAUCCGGAAUUGUACCUCUGUCCAUAUCUGUCGCCAGUAACAGAGCCAAGCGAUGCAGCCAAGCCACUUCUGUUUGCGCCACGGCAUCGCAGUCGUGGUCCUGACAGCCUCGCGCGACCUGGAAAGCAUACCAUGCACGCCAAGAAUCCCACUGCACUGGGUGAGCCGUCUACAAGAGGCUCUCCAAGAACGCCAACCGAAACUGCACGGCACUCUCACGAAUCAGAGGACACCGACACCGACGAAGAACAAUUGGAACAGCCCAAUGGCCGAGCAGUGGUGCCGAGGAGGCGUAGCUUGAACGAGUCCGUCCCACAGAUGGGGGAGAGAACCCCGACGACUGGAGUAAGACUCGCCGAGACGUACACGAGCAAGGACUACCGAUCGUUCGCAGCCAAUAUGUUUGGUACAGUGGCUUUCAAGAUGAUUGAAUGGCUCACGCCAACGACAUUUGACAGCCUCGCUCAAAGAAGUAGUGACGUCUCGCGCAAAACAGUUGCAUCACCAGCGAGGGGUACACCAGACGAAAACAAUGCGGAAAGUAUCAUGGUACCACAAAAGACAACACUAGCCUCAAACAAACCGAACAAUGAAUCUUCAGGUCGAGUGACAAACUCGGAAGCGAAACCACCGACGACAGCUUCAAGGCGAAGCUCGAAUGCCCGCAUUCGCACGCAUGCAAAUGGCAAGCCUCAUACUAGGCUUGAUUCUGUUGAUGGCUCUUUGCCAUACGAAACCAAAAUCACUUCUCCCACGCGGCCGCAAGCGCCAGAGCUACACAGAAAAAGCCUUGUUCGAUCACCCUCGGCGAUAUCACGGGGCUCGGCAACAAUUCCUGCUGAAGAAGCUUACGAAGCGCAGUCUGACGAGGAAUCUGAGCUCGGUACGAAUGAUACCAAGACAGUCAUCAUAGGCAGUGGCUCGACGGGAAAAUCAUCGUCCACGUCGAGUGAGCUUCUAGAUACACCUGACGAAACCUCAAUGUCUGGUCUCAGUGUAGAUCACGAAGGCUUGCCAGAGCUGGAUUCCUUUCUCCCGCAGACUCUCUCUCACAUUACACCGCAAGCUGUCGAUUUUCUUUGCGAUGUCUUGCAAACGGAUUCCACGGGCGAGAAGCAUCUCCUCGAGCCGGCCACAAUUCAUAUCGGCGAUAUAUCACGACCCAGCGGCCGAAAGUCACUUAGGAGACGGCAGCGAUCAUGCGCAAGUCCCUAUCCCCAGGACCUGCGCCUCGAGUGGAAGCUCUUCAUUGAACAGGCCAUCUUCAGCACUCUUAGUGAACCGCGGGCUUUGUUAUCGUCCUUCACCACUGCGGAAGGGCUAAUCGACUCGCAGUCGUUGUGGUACUGCAUGUUGCGCUUGACUAGAGCCGCACCGAGUCUCGUGUUUGACAGCUUGUGGCACGCCCUAGCUUGCGUAUUCCGAACACCGCAUCCUGCCAUCUCAUCCCUGACGGCUGGAGAGGUAGCGGCAGCCGAGACAUUUUCAAAUCAAGAGGCUGGACAGCUCAUGGCUAUUUGUUUCCAUGCGCUGGUUGCCGCAGCACCACUCGUCUCCGACUAUCGCCAGCUUGCCGACAUGUCACGUAUUCGGUCACAUGGCAUGACUCUUGCUGGUGGAGCCAUGUUGGCCCAGCAGUCUACAUCUUUGUGUCUGCAAUAUGAAGAUGUGUUCACAGAUGAUCUUGCGUUGCGGUUGGCACGAAGGUUAUUAGCAGCAAUACCUGCCAGGCGUCUAUUUGACUUCCGGUCGGUCUCCGGCGCAGAGAAUCUCGCUAGUUGCGACAUGCCUAAGGACGUCUUUGAUGUCGUUCUUGCUCACAUUGAAAACUCGUCCGCCCCGUUGCUGGAGUUCUCAAAGAACGAACGCAUUUUGCACGAAAAGAGAGUCCCCAUCUUGCUCUUAGAUUGGGCAAGAGCUGUCAUGCUCCAGGAUUGGAAUGGAGAAGCCGAGGUUGACGGCGAUGGCCCUUUCGGCGGCGCACUUGCGCUGAUCGAGGCAAUGUACCGGAAGCGUCAAGAACUCCUGCUAGGAGAUGUCCAUUUCCGCUCUGAAUACUUCGGCGAGCGACUUGAUUGCAUCAAAAUGCCCGUGUCGUGGCUUCAUUUUGAACCAUCCCGAAAGGUCGCCCACUUGCUCGACUAUCCUUACAUCUUCAAUACGGCCUCCCUGGUCUCCUACUUUAGAGCGAUCAACUUUUCUCGAAUGAGUCGGUCUUAUGAGGAGUCCACUUCCCUGCGGAGCCGGAUCGGUGCCGUGAUCGCCCCGGAGAGUCUCGUCACCGAUCCCCAUCAUAAGAAUAUCCUUCAAGAUCUUCUCAAAGUCCCGUCUACACGGUAUCUGAUCUUGGACAUUGGCCGCAGAGACGUCCUCCGUGAUGCCUUUGAUCAGUUGUGGAGACGAGAGUCGCGCGAGCUCAUGCGGCCUCUCAAGGUGCACCUGGGCGAAGACGCCGGUGAGGAAGGCUUUGACUCUGGCGGUGUACAGCAGGAGUUCUUCCGGCUUGCGAUUGCCGAGGCGCUGAAUCCGGACUAUGGUGCAUUCAUGGUGGACGACCGGACCCGCAUGACGUGGUUCCAACCGAGCGGACUCCAGCCAACCUGGAAGUACGAGCUCAUUGGGCUUUUGGUGUCCCUGGCUGUGUACAAUGGGCUCACACUACCCAUCACUUUCCCCAAAGCCUUGUACCAGAAGCUCUUGGGUGAACCAGUGACUGAGCUUCAUCAUAUCGCGGACGGUUGGCCAGAUCUUGCCAAUGGGCUCACCAAUCUGCUGGAAUGGAACGAGAAGGACGGAGCUAUCGAGGACAUUUUUGUCCUGACAUACGAGUUCUCGACGUCAAUGUUUGGCCAACCCGUUUCGAGGGUGAUGGACUCCGGAGACGGUGACGCCUGGCCCCAAUUCUCGGUUGGCCAUGAUGAGACGUCGUUGAGCAGCAACAACCCGGCCGACGCGCCUAUGGUCACUGGCGACAACCGGCAGGCAUAUGUGGACGACUACAUUCGGUAUCUCACUGACGUGUCUGUCCAGCCGCAAUUUGAGGCAUUCGCACGUGGCUUCCGGACCUGCCUCCAACCCAAGUCGCUUUCACUCCUUACUCCAAGCUUGUUGCAGUCUAUCGUCGAAGGCACCCAGGAGAUUGACAUCUCUGAGCUGCGGCGUGCAGCUCGUUAUGUCGGCUGGGAUGUGUCACAUCGCACGGUCCGCGACUUCUGGAGCAUUGUGAAGAAGUUUGACGACCGCAUGCGGAGGAAGCUGCUCGAAUUCGUGACGGCGAGCGACCGUGUACCUGUUGGCGGCGUGGGCAACAUUCAAUUCAUUAUUCAGAAGAAUGGUGAGGAGGAAGGUGAGGGCGGGCAUCUCCCGACGGCAUACACGUGCUACGGGACCUUAUUGCUCCCGGAAUACCCAAGCCGGGACGUGCUGAAGGAGAGGCUGUGCAUGGCGCUGGAGAAUGCACAAGGGUUUGGAUUCGCGUAGAGAGGGCUGCUUUUGCAGCCAACCAUGGGCGGCGUCCUAAACGCAGGGUCGUCUCCUUUAUGUCAUGAGAAGCAAGCAAAAUAGCGUGGCGUCAUCUGGGAAUUUAUCUACUGGGCACGGAUUUGGCCACGCC